AUGCCAAGCUAUGUGAAAUUUAUGAAGGACAUCUUGUCAAAUAAGAGGAGAUUGGAAGAAUAUGAGACAGUAGCCCUUACUAAAGAGUGUAGUGCAAUUCUAAAAAAGAAAAUGCCUCCAAAUCUCAAGGACCCAGGGAGAUUUACUCUCCCUUGUUCAAUUCGAAAUUCUAUGUUUGAAAGAGCUUUAUUUGACUUAGGUGCAAGUAUUAAUCUCAUGUCUUUGUCUAUUUUUAGGAAAGUUGGACUAGGUGACGUGAGACCUACUAUAGUAUCAUUGCAAUUAGCGGAUCACUCAAUAAAACACCCACGGGGAAUCAUUGAGGAUGUGCUUGUCAAGGUGGACAAAUUUAUUCUUCCAACCGACUUUCUCAUUCUAGACAUGGAGGAGGAUAGGAAAAUUCCUAUCAUUCUUGGCAGACCAUUCUUAGCUACUGGUCGAGUUCUAAUUGAUGUCCAAAGGAGAGAAUUGCGAUUGAGAUAUCCGGAUACAAGUGAGAGUUAUUUCAGCAUCCAAGCAAUCAACCCCUUGGUCACUGAAGUAUUUAACCAACAAAAGGAAUUGUUGGAAGCUUGUUUGGUUAGCCCCAAUCUGACUAUGGUGGAAGAUCCAAAAGUAAAAUAUUUUGAAGAUUUAGGACACGGAACAUCAUGUCUCCUUUCAUCUGUUGAGAAACCACCUACAUUAGAGCUUAAGCCCUUACCUAAACAUCUUCAAUAUGUGUAUCUAGGUGAAUCAUUUACUCUUCAGCUAUGGAUUAAUCCUAGGCAAGUAGUACCAAAAAAGGAAGGAAUGACAGUGGUGAAAAAUGCUAACAAUGAGUUGAUCCCUACAAGAAUAGUUACCGGGUGGAGAAUUUGCAUGGAUUAUCGAAAAUUGAACAAAGCCACUCAGAAAGACCACUUUCCUUUGCCAUUCAUUGAUCAAAUAUUGGAUAGGCUAUCUGGGCAUGAAUACUAUUGCUUCCUAGAUGGCUUUUCGUGGUAUAAUCAAAUAGCCAUAGCACCGGACGACCAAUAG